CAGCGCGUGCGAAGAUUGUAAUUAUCUCGUAAAUACGGCCAUAUAUCGCAUAAUAACAAUAGCUAUUAAAAAUGAUGAUCGCCGAUCUACUUGUCGUUGUUUGUUGCCUACACGUCGUAGCAGUUACUUCAAAUGUGGAAGAUGCGCAAUUUUGGAAUGAUCAAACUCAAGCUCUCUUAAACAAGUACCUACACACAGAAUAUAACUGCGGCGUUGCUAAGAAUGCUAUAUUAUUCAUCGGCGAUGGCAUGGGCCUCCCGUCACAGUUCGCUGGCAGGAUACUGAAAGGUCAAAUGGAAGGAAAAACAGGAGAGGAGGAGUUUCUUGAGUGGGAAAAAUGGCAGCACACCGGACUUGCAAAGACCUACAAUACAGACUUCCAAGUUCCCGAUUCUGCUGGUACAGCCACAGCCUAUCUGUCUGGAGUUAAAGGGAAAAAAGGAACCAUCGGUCUGGAUGAUACUCUAGUGGAAAGAGGACAUUGUCCAUCGGCAGAAGGGGCGACAGUGCUUUCUAUUUGUGACUGGGCCCAGGCUGAAGGUAAAUCAACCGGGCUCGUAACAACAGCCCGAGUGAUGGACGCAUCACCAGCAGGCUUAUACGCCAACGCUCCUGAGCGAAAUUGGGAGAUAGAUACUGAAGGCAAUACUGACUGCAAGGACAUAACACGACAACUUAUAGAGGACGAUCCAGGCAGGAAAAUAAACGUGAUACUUGGAGGCGGAAGAUCAAGGUUCACACCCAUUACGCAAGCAGAUGUAGAGUACCCGGAUACAUAUGGCAGACGGCCAGACGGGAGGAACUUGAUCGAUGAGUGGACGGAGCAGAUGACCGCAAACGGCUUCAACCACGCGUAUGUCUGGAAUGUUACGCAAUUCAACGACAUUGAGCCAGAAAGCACAGACUAUCUGCUUGGAAUUUUUGAGCCGGGCGAAAUUCCGAACAUCGUUGAUAACACGCCAGACGAAGCUAGAAAUCCCACGCUCGCGCAGAUGGUCAAAAAGGCAAUUGAGAUCCUACGGAGAAACCCAAAUGGAUAUUACCUGUUUGUUGAAAGUUCCAACAUUGACUCUGCUCAUCACGGCGGGCGAGCGGCCGCGGCCAUCAACGAGGUGGUCGUCCUUGACGCUGCUGUGAAGGUCGCUAUGGAUGUGACAGACAGCAAAGAUACGCUCAUGGUUCUCACCGCAGAUCAUUCGCACUCAAUGACCACUGCCGGAAAUUCUGUUCGUGGCACUCCCAUAUUCGGUACUGCAAGCGAAGUUUCGGAUGUGGAUGGGAUGCCCUACACAACGCUACUUUACGCAGCUGGUACUGGUUACGACCCUUCACCCCGGCGCAACCUAACCGGCGUCGACACAGCUGACCCAAACUUUAAACAGGACGCUGCGAUACCAAAUUCAGAUGCGCCACAUAGCGGGGAGGAUGUAGCCGUGUUCGCUAAUGGACCGAUGGCGCAUCUCUUUAGAGGCAACUUCGAGCAGACGUUUGUAGCGCACGCGAUGGCGUACGCCAUGUGUGUGGGAAGCAACAAGCAGCACUGCACCGAGAAGAUUGGGAUUUGCUCAACUGGAGAUUCAGGCGUCGACCCAACGGGAACAGCCGUCGCUCACAGACUCACUAACGGAUUAGUGUAUUUAGCCAUUGUAAACAUAUUCAUAGUAUUAAAUCAAUAUAUUUAAUAACAAGUUUCGAAGCCUUAAUGUGGCGCUUCCCAGCCUGUAUGUAGGUUAACCAGUUAUCAAUAUCAUAUGUCAAAAUCGACAUAAUCAAUAUAUUAAUAAGCUAUUAUUAUUUAUUUAUUAGCUACUAUUAAA